AUGCAGAAAAUGUGGAAACUAGUUUUGUAUCUUGUAGUUCUCGGCACAGUUUUGGGACAAUCUGACAAUGGGCUUUUCGAAUUAAACAUCAUUCACUAUAAUGAUUUCCACGCACACUUCGACGAGAUUAGUCCACGAGGAACGAUCUGUAAUCCCACCGAAGACCCAUGCAUCGGUGGUUUUGCUAGACUGUAUACAGCUAUUAUGGAGAUUUUCGAAGCCGAACCAGAUUCGCUACUUCUUAACGGAGGGGACACGUUCCAAGGAACAAUCUGGUACAACUUCUUGAGAUGGAAUGUCACUCAACAUUUUAUGAACAUGCUGCCACAUGAUGCACACGUACUCGGAAACCACGAGUUCGAUCAUGGAGUGGAAGGUCUAUUGCCGUAUUUGGAACGUUUGAAUUCCCCAAUGCUAGGUGCUAAUGUUAAUACAACUUUUGAACCAACUUUGACGCCAUACGUGAAAAAUCACGUAAUUGUAGAACGAAAUGGUAGGAAGAUUGGUAUCAUAGGUGUUUUGUUGCGAGUGUUUUCAGCGCCAAUUGGUCAAGUCAUUAUGGAAGAUGAACUUCAGGCUGUAAAUCGAGAAGCGACCAUACUAACCGAAGCCGGAGUUGAUAUCAUCAUUGUACUCUCUCAUAUUGGAUACACCAGUGAUUUAAAUCUAGCGGCCCGGGUUGUUCCGGAAGUGGAUAUCAUAGUUGGCGCGCAUUCCCAUACACUGUUGUUCAACGGAGAAACUCCUAAUGGUGACACGGCAUUAGGGGAAUACCCGACUGUUGUCACACAAGAUAAUGGACACAGGGUGCUGGUGGUUCAGGCGUCUUGUUACACGCGGUAUUUGGGCGACAUAAAACUGUAUAUCAACGAUAGAGGCAUUAUUGAAAGCUGGGAAGGGCUGCCUGUUUUCUUAGGAUCAUCUAUUGUACAAGAUCCUAGGAUCCUGGAUGAAUUAGAGCCGUGGCGUCAGGAGGUGGACGCGAUUGGUAAAGAGGUGCUCGGCACUACACUGACGAGUCUCAGCCGAGGAUGUACGCGCCGCGAGUGUAACCUCGGCAGCUGGGCGUGUGAUGGAUUUCUAGAAGAGAUGAUGUCACAAGCUACGGGUACAGCGUGGAAUGGAGCUCAUCUGUGCUUAAUAAAUUCGGGCGGACUGCGCGUGCAAAUAGCACCCGGCGAGGUAACAACUGAGGGACUGCUAAUGGCUAUACCGUUUGAGAAUUACAUCCAAGUGUACGACCUAAAGGGUGAAUACCUACUCGAGGCGUUAGAGUUUUCUGUGGGUGUGUCACAGACAACACCGGGAGACUUCUCUAGUUCACGAAUGUUGCAAAUAGGAGGGAUGCGCAAUGUAUACAAUGCGUCAGCUCCGAUCGGUUCCCGUGUGAUUUCUGCGACGGUCCGGUGCAUAGAGUGCGACGUACCGCAGUAUGAGCCCCUCGACGUCACCGCCACCUACAGAGUGGUGACGCAAAACUAUAUCGGAGAUGGAGGCGGCGGUUACACGAUGCUGUCGAACAACAGAGAAAACCUCGAGAAUUUGGAUGUCGACUACGUAGUGUUACAACGUUACAUGCGAAGACAACAAACAGUACUGCAAGACCUGGACGGACGCAUACAGAUUGUGUAUUAA